AUGGCUAUUGUAACCAAUCUCUUUGUGGCCUCCGAUGACAAUGCCAUUCUGCAACUGGAUGACCGCAAGAGUCUGUCUUCCUUCACUUUCAAUCAUUGGCAAAACCUACCUGAGGAGAAUCGCUGGUGUACGGUCCUCACCCAAGGGCGUACAAUGUGUGCUGAAUACUUUGGGUCGCAGGACCCAUUGGUUGGCAGCCAGGCUGCGAACAGCUACAGCGCUUUUAUAGACGCCUGCGCCCAAGAAACCCGUCUGGAGAAUGAGCUACCGGAGGUUCUCGCUGGAAAGACAUGGAACUAUCUACGCAUGAAGGCUCAAGUGCGCCGGCAGGUGGGGAGGUUGAACAAGUUCAGAUCUCAGCAUGAGAAGCUUUGGACUUUCCGUGAUACGCGUUGUGAGACGAUUGAAGAAGUACAGAAGACAACCCUUGCGCUAGAUCAGGCUUUCACAACGUGUAUUCGUACGGAUAUCUGGAGGCGCCCAGCUGGGGCCAAUAAUAUCAGUGACAGCACAGAAGACGAAAGGAGCCAGAUCUAUUAA